UGCUCCACUUUCUGGUUGCUCUGGUUUAAAGAUUGAUGUAAGGGGGAAAAAUAUGAUUUUACUUUAACUAAACAAUUUAUAAAAUAAUUCAGUAUUUAAUUGCUGGCUGAAAAUGCAGUGGACUCUAAUCCUCCUACUUGGUAGCUCCUUGGCUGAAACUACUUGGGGCUGGACGUACCACUAUUCAAAUGAAAUCAUGACCUGGGCCGAGGCUCGAAAGCACUGCACGGACAAAUACAAAGACAUGGUGGUCAUCCAAAGCCAGGAGGAGAAUGACUAUCUCGUCUCCCUGCUGCCAAACAGAACUGGGACUCCAUAUUAUUGGAUUGGAAUCAGCAAAACCCACAUGAAUGAAACCUGGACCUGGCUGGGCAACAACAGCACGUGGAUCGGCAACGAGUCGUGGGCAGAGAACGAGCCCAACAACAACUAUAGCACAGAGUUUUGUGUGGAGAUCUACGUCAAUAAUGACAAAAACCGAGGGAAGUGGAAUGAUGAGAAAUGCUCCAAUAAGAAAUCUCCCGUUUGUUACAAAGCCCAGUGUAACGACACAGCAUGCGGUCGAGGAACAUGUCGGGAGACGAUCAACAGCAUAACCUGCCACUGUGAACCUGGAUUUAAAGGAGACAGGUGCCAAACAGGUCAGGCUGAGGAUCCUUGGUGGAAUGUCCCCAUCCGCCCCAGAGUGAUAACAGAGACCUAA